UUCGGUUCUCAAACGGUGGCAGAGGCCGGCGGUGGCAGUGUGUGGCGGGUGACCCUGCGCACGUGUGCCUGGCCGUACCCUGCCCAGUGGAGCCGGGGCAUGCAGCCAGGCGGCCGCGCUGCUCCUGGGGAUCGCUCCCCUGCUCUGAGACCGGCAGGAGCUGCGGCGCGGCCGCCUCCCUCCAUGGCCCGCGUGCCCAGCUGCGCUGCCCAGCGUGGCUGGGGCUCCGCCAGGUGAGCAGCGGGGCCCUUUGUGCCCAGCGGUUGUGUCCUGGAGCCCAGGCUGUGCGCUCGCUGGGGCACGUGUGUCACUGCUGCCCACAGCGCAGGAGCCCGGCCCCUGCCGGAGUGCGGUACUCGCAGCGUGACGGCAGCAGCCCGCAUCCAGUGCGACGUGCUGGAGGACAACACAGGAUGGGGAAGGGGGGCAUGGCCCUUACUGAGUCCCAUCGCCACCAUGGGCACUGGCCAUGGGGCCAUCACCCCCAGCUGUGGGGCCCUUUCCUGCCCUUUGCCUCUGGAGUGUGUCCCCCUACCCAGCUUUCCAAGUGGCUUUCUGUCAUGCUGGGAAGUGGUCUGACCUGCUCGCUCUUCCAGAAGUCCUGCCCUCUGCUCCGAGAGCACCGGGGUCAGUUUAAUGAGUUAAUGCUGGCAAAGCAGCUCUGGAGGGAUAAGUGCUGUGUAAGCACCAAGUCUCCCUGCACUGGAGGUGUGAGCCCCUGCAGCCUGGCUCUGUUGCCCUACAGCACAGAUAAUUGCCCAGAGCGCAAAGUGCUGGCUCAGACCAAGCCCUUGUUGCAGUUGCACGGCCUGGGGGGGUAGAAGACUAUGGAGGGACAGCAUGAAACCUCGAUCCUUGGAGUGAGGAGGGUCAAGCAGCCUCAAAUGGGGGUGAGGGCAGGGGCAGCCCCUUGGCUGCACCCCUGCAGUCCGCUCAGGCAGGGGCCUUGGAGGGAAGCUGUAGCCUGGGGAGCUGCUCAUCCCCUCAUGACAGACGCUUACAGGGGCGGGAUGAGCAGCAUGGCAGUGCAGGCAUUGCUGGGGCCGCUUUAGCAGCACCCCUUAUGGUGCUGGACUGUUUUGGCAGCACCCGUCAUGGUGCUAUGUACCCCAGUGCCUGCCAGGCUGCUGGCAGCAAGCUGGGCAACUGCAGUCAGAGGGGCAUGUCCCGCAGGCCCUGAGCUGCCCGGCUGCCCGUGGCAGGGGCCUGGGCAGCGCAGCGGGAGCAGUGCUGAGGAUCUAGCAGCCUCAGCAGCUUCUCUGCCUGGGGCUCACAUCACAGGUGGGCAUGAACCAGCCCCCAUCAGCACCCCUGGCCUGGUGCCACAGGUUCUACAUUGGGCUCCAGCCCUGGUGCAGACCCUGCCAGGCAGGGCUGGAGCUGGCAGAGGGCAGCUGGGGUCUUGGCACCAGCAGAGGCUUUGUAAGGCAGACUAGUGGGGGCUGACAUGACACGAUGGACCCCUUGGACCUCAUUUGUACAUGUGUCCCUCGCAGGCUGAGCACUGCCUGGGUGCCGGGGAGGCCCAGGGACGUGGUGUGUGGCUGUGCGUGUGGGACAUGUGGGGAGCAGCAGGGGAGGAAGGCUGUGUGCUCAGCCUGGAGCCUGGGUGUCUGAGCAACCCGCUGUCUUUCUGCCUGUGCUGGCAGGCAGCCGGGGCUCAGCAUGCUAGAGACCUGCAUCCUCCCAGUCCCGCUGUCUCCUCCCAGCUGUGGGCUCGCAAGGAGUGGCAGCUGGUGGGAUAUAUAAAGGCAAGGGAACCUCAGCCAGCUCAAAAGAAACUCCUGGAGCUACUGGUGUUCUCCUUCCCUCCCUCCCUUCGCGUGAUUCAGCUUCCCCACACCAGGGGAGCCGAGGACAAGCCUUACUGUGCGAGAUGGCUGCCGGCAGCUGCCUCCUCCUCCUCCUCCUCCUGCCCUGGCUGGUCACAGCCUCACACAGCCCACCUGGCUGCAAGAUCCGGAUUACCUCCAAGGGGCUGGACCUGGUGAAGGAGGAAGGGCUGCGUUUCGUGGAGCAGGAGCUGCAGAACAUCACAAUGUCAGACCUGCAUGGGAAGGAGGGGCAGUUCCAUUACAACAUCAGCCAGGUCAAGGUGAUGGACCUGCAGCUGGCACUUUCUGACCUGCACUUCCAGCCUCAGCAGUACCUUGUCUUCAGCAUCAACAAUGCCUCCAUCAGCCUGCGCUUCCGGAGACAGCUGCUCUACUGGUUCUUCUAUGAUAUUGGGUCCAUCAAUGCCUCUGCGGAUGGCGUCAACAUCCACACAGUGCUGCAGCUGGCCAAGGACAAGGCUGGGCGCCUGAAGAUCUCUAACAUCACCUGCAACGCCUCCAUUGCCAGAAUGCACGCAGGCUUCUCCGGCACACUCAGGAAGGUCUACGAGUUCCUGAGCACUUUCAUUGUGACAGGGAUGCGCUUCCUCCUCAGCCAGCAGAUCUGCCCAUCCCUGGAGCAUGCCAGCCUGGUGCUGCUGAACUCCGUGCUGGACACAGUGCCAGUGAGGAACUACGUGGAUGAGCACAUUGGGAUUGACUACUCCCUCCUGCGGGAUCCGGUUGUCUCCACAGACAGCCUGGACCUAGACUUCAAGGGCAUGUUCUUCCCCCGUGCAAGGGAGAAUCAGGAGCUGGAGAACCACGCAGUGGAGCCAGUGAUCAAGGAGACUGAGCGCAUGGUCUACGUUGCCUUCUCCGAGUACUUUUUUGACUCAGCCAUGCACGCAUACUUCCAGGCGGGUGUCCUGGCCAUAGAGCUCCAGGGGGAGAAGGUGCCCAAGGACCUGGAGGUUUUGCUGAGAGCCACCUUCUUUGGGACCAUCUUCAUGCUGAGCCCCGCUGUGGAUGCUCCCCUGCGGCUGGUGCUGCAGGUGUCAGCUCCCCCCCGCUGCGUCAUCAAACCCUCCGGCACCUCGGUCUCAGUCUCUGCCUUCCUCAACAUCUCGCUGGUGCCCCAGGGCCGCCCUGCUGUCCAACUCUCCAGCAUGGCCAUGGAAACAAAGCUGAGCGCCAAGGUGUUUCUGCAAGGGAAGGCGCUGCGCGUGCAGCUGGACCUGCGACGGUUUCGCAUCUACUCCAAGCAGUCUGCGCUGGAGUCGCUAGCGCUGUUCUCACUGCAGGCACCACUGAAGACCCUGCUGCAGCUGACGAUCAUGCCCAUCAUUAACGAGAGGACUAAAAAGGGAGUGCAGAUCCCACUGCCGGAAGGCAUGGACUUCACCAAAGAGGUGGUCACCAACCACGCGGGAUUCCUCACAGUGGGAGCUGAUCUCCACUUCUCCAAGGGGCUGCGGGAGGUGAUUGAGAAAUACCACCCAGCGCCUACCACCCCUGCCUACCCAAGCUCAUGGCCCGCAGAGCCCAGCAUGGACCCCCACCAGCUCUAGCUCUUCCCACUUGGUCCAGGGUGAAGGAGCAAGGGCAGAUCCCGGGCUGGACCCGUAGACUGUAGGUAGGAAGCAGCUUCCCUGGUACCACUGGCACAUCCUGCAGGGUGCCCGUGCCCCUGUGGGCAGCAGCAGGGUGGAGACAGCUGCUCUGGGAACCCCUGCUGCACCCCUUCUCUUUACACUAAUAAACCACUCAACUCCA